UUAGGGAAGUAAACCAUUAACUUUCGGCGACGCAGAUUAAAGAAGUUGGCUGUGGUACUUUAUGAUAGCCUUUUCAAAUACUUGCUGUACAGUUCGCUGGGCUUUUAUUCCCUCCUUUAAAGCAAUACUAGUGAGGUCUAGAUGUAAGCGUUACGAGGAGGAGGGGGAAGUACUUCUGCACCAACCUGAGCUUCCUGAACUGAAGCCGAGCACGGUAACUUUAAACCUCCAGCUCACAGAGGACGUCGAAGGUUACCGGCAACAACAACAACACCGCCACCACCGCUAUCGUGAGCCUCCCUCUUAGGACCGCAUUUGGUCAACGUCUUGCGGUGAUGUCCCUGGUCGACCAGAGCCAGCAGUGGUUCCCCACUAGUGUGCAGGUAACGGUGCACCAGGCUCGGAACCUUCGCCCCAAGGGGAAGAAUGGCACCAACGACGCCUAUGCCAUCAUCCAGAUGGCUAAAGACAAGUUUUCUACCUCAGUGGCAGAGAAGAGUAUGGGCCCGACGUGGAAAGAGGAGGCUUCAUUCGACUUGCCUCUCUUCCACCCGGGUAACGCCGAACGCUGCACACUGUAUAUCAUAGUCAUGCACCGAGCUCAGGUCGGACUCGACAAGUUCCUGGGCCAAGCCGUGGUCAACUUAGUGGAGCUGCACGAAAACAAGACUCGUCAAAAGCCAGAUUGGUUUCCGUUGGUGGACAAGAGUGGAAAAGCAGAUAAAUUGCGAGGUGACGUGUUGCUGGGCAUCAGCUUUAUGCGGAACAACAUGUCAGCGAGCAUGGUGGACCUUUCUAUGCAGGACAAGCAUCGUUCCCGUCUCUCCAAGCUGAAAGACAAAGUUCGUUUGAAGAAAAAGGGCAGCUUCUCUGACACUACCUCGGCUAUUGUGCCCCCUGUGAGCCAGGUCUUAACGGACAGUGAAGGAGAGCCUGAUGCAGCAUCACUUCAGUCUUCUCAAAUUCCAGGCGAAAAAAAGAAAUCAAAGCUCAAGAAACUCUUUGCACCUAAGUCCACUUUGCAACGGAACACCUCGCAGUCCCUUUCUACACUAGGAACUCCUCCUGAGAAGAACCUCUCUCGCAGUAGCAGCCGCUCAUCUGGCCUCAAUGUAGAAACCCCCGAAGUCAAGAAGAAAUUCAAAUUUCUGGGACACAAGCGGAGUGGUAGCUCUGACAGCAAGGUGUCUCUGGGUCCAUUGUCCCUACUGGGCCGCUCUAAGCACAGCAACAGUGACUUGAACAACGUCAGCGUCAAUGGUAACCAUGUGUAUGAAGAGGGUGACGCCAUAAGUGGCUCUACACUCAGUCUGAACAGUUCUGGCCAAGGUUCUGUGGAGAAUGUCCAUCAACAAACCAUGGGUGUAUUUGCAGACAAAAGCGCACAGGUGCUUUCCUUCAGGUCUGAGUCUCAAAAUAGACUCAUGAUGGAGAAACAGAGUCACCAAGAGGAAGAGGAAAGAAGGCAGGUGGAAGCAAGGAGCAUGGCAGAGGCAAUGACAUUACAGGACGACGAGGAGAGGCGCAAAGCAGAGGCCCUGAGGCUGCAGGAGGACUACGAGAGGAGCAGGCGCUUUCUUGAGGAUGAAGCAAGAAGAGAGAAAGAAGAGGAAGAACGCAGAAAGCUGGAAGCAGCAGAAAAUGAAGAGCACCGCAGACUAGAGGAGCAGACCAAAAGAGCAGAGGAGCAGAAAAGACAGGAGGAGGCUUCCAUGGGCGAAAGACUGUCUUCUCUGUUUGGGAUCAUCAGAAAGAAGGAGGAGAAAAAGGAAGAUGUGCAGCAAUAUCCUAAGGAGGAGCUGACCACACAAACUCCUAAUGGUGAUGACGUCUCCUUCAUGACCACCAACCCAUUUGAGGACAUUUCCCUCAGCUCGGGUCCUCAAUUUAACAACAGUGAGCAUCUGUCUGAUGAUCAGAAACCCAGACUCAACCCACAAACCCCAUCUGCCAUGCUCUUCCUAAACCGCACUGCAAAAGUGUCCACAGUUAAACCAAGAUUGACUCAUUCUCUGGACUCUGAAUACUCUGACCCCCAAACCCCCAGUAGUCCAGUGGCCCAGCAGUGGUCUUCCCCAGCCGUGUUGACACAUUUUGUGGACUCUGAAUACUCUGAGCCAAAACCCGAAAGUAGUCCCGUGCACCAGCAUAGGUCGUCCCCAUCCGUGUUGACACAUUCCCUGGACUCCAAGUACUCUGCACCCCAAACCCCCAGUAGUCCAGUGGCCCAGCAGUGGUCUUCCCCAGCCGUGUUGACACAUUCUCUGGACUCUGAAUACUCUGAGCCAAAACCCCACAGUAGUCCCGUGGACCAGCGUAGGUCGUCCCCAUCCGUGUUGACAGAUUCCCUGGACUCUAAGUACUCUGCACCCCAAACCUCCAGUAGUCCAGUGGCCCAGCAGUGGUCUUCCCCAGCCGUGUUGACACAUUCUCUGGACUCCAAGUACCCUGCACCCCAACCCCCCGGUAGUCCAGUGGACCAGCAGUGGUCUUCACCAGCUGCCUCUGAAUUUACCCUCUCUAGUGUACCGUCUGACACCCCUGAUACUUUCUCCAACCUUCAUUCAUCUUUGGCUCCUGUCAGAUUAAGUGAGAAGCCACCUGGUUCCCCGUCUGACAGUAUAGAAAAGGUGUCAUCUGUGCCGUCUUCUCCCACGAUGACUGAUCAGACCAAAAGAUCCCCCUUGCCACCACUGUAUCCCAUAUAUGAGACCCAGACAGGCAGAAUCCAAAGUCCAGCUAGAGAGGUCAAGAAUCCCAGACACACAGAGGGAUCAGCAGAGCAAAAACUCUCUCUUCCACUUCCUGAUUAUGAAACCUUAUUCCCCCAGAAGAGGCAUGGGGUACAAGGGCACACUCGAUGGGAUCAUAUUAUUGCUGAGGUGAAUCAGAGACAUAUGGACUAUACACCAGAACUUAUGGGUCCUGAGAUGAGUGUAGAUGGGCCAGAGAACCCAGAGGAGGUUAGAUCUUCAAUUCCAGAGGAACGCCUUUCUUUGGGGCAUUUUCAGACACAUUACAAGGAAACGAAACGUGUCUCCUCAAAAAAAGUAGCAGCCCCUCCUCCGCCUAAACCUGUGUUAACAUUGCACUCCAGGUCAGUUUCAGAAGAGGACGUCCAACGGACAGAUGAGUCUCUCAUAAGGCGUCUACCCCAAGUACCAGCUGGAAUUCUCAGCGAUGACAUAUCUAAAAGAGAGAGUCUUCCAGAGCUACCUCGCACUGGAUCAAAAAAGGCUUUACAACCACCACUGCACAGACCAACUACAGGCACACCUGCCGAACAAACAAAAGGUCCAGUGACCACAGAGAAAGACGUUCCCACUGCCAGACCGAGGCGAAGGGUUAGCAUGAAAGAGCCAACAGAGCAACAUUUUUCUUCAGCCAUGCCAGAUUUGGCAGAUAUGCAUACAAGCAGCAUCAACCAAAAACUGCCUAGUUUCAGUAUGAGUGAAAUGGACAAAAAUAGCAGACCAGGGAAGGAAACUAUUUCUGAGUAUGACCCAUAUCCCAGCACGGACCCUCUUUCCAAAGACACCUGGGUACCAGAAAAACCCCCCCGAGAUGUAGAUGGCCUUUAUGGCAGGAUAUCAAAGAAGGAACAAAAACCUGAAAACCGUGGAAUGACGGCAGACGAUCUUGAUCAUAUUUUCAGUGAAGAGAAAUCAGCUGGCCUGUUUACAAAUGUGAAUGGCUACCAGACAAGUGAAUAUAACGACUAUGGAAAAGGGGAGGAUGAUUCAAGGCCAAUCAGUCCAGUUUUCCAAAGAAGAAAUUCACAAAAACAACCUAUUCUUUCAAGAAGUAACUCACAGAAGGCUUUAAAGUUUCAACAAAAUCCUGCAGCUGAGGAACAAACCACCAUACGUGAACAAGAACUCCCUACAAGAGAUGUUGUCAUUGAGUCCAUCACUCAAAGGCACCCGGCUGAUGGUAGGGCACAAAUCCAUCUUCUCGACAGGGAGGAUCCAUUUGGCGGUGACCCCUUUGCAGUAACGUCAGCUUUCCCUUCUUCAGAGCCCCUCCCGGUUGUUAUGGAGGAACCGUCAUCAGAAACACAAGUGUUUUCUGUGAGAAAGACUCGAGCAUUGUUGCCACCCGCUGAGGCUGACUUUAUCAGCGCUCAAAGUAGCAAUGGAGGUGACCUUGCCACCACUCUGCACAGGCCUCAUCCAGUGAAGCCCAUGCACACAACUGAGAGUUCGCUUCCCAUCAGCACUUUUGGACUGAGAGACCUGCAUGUUCAUAAUGGCACAGCUGGAAAGGUUAAGAUGGCAGGCUUGGCUGACAGUGGACCCUUCACUCAGCUGACACAUGAAGAGCUGAUCACACUGGUGGUGAGGCAGCAGGCUGACCUGUCCAAAAAAGAGUCUAAGAUCAGCGAGCUGGAAGACUACAUUGACAACCUGCUGGUGCGCGUCAUUGAGGAGAAGCCCGCCAUCCUGCAGGCUAUGAACACAACCAAGCCAGUGUGAGCCCGGGGGAGGAAGAGUCCUGCUGCGAUACUUUUCUUUCUGCUGUGUACUAAGAGACACAUGAACGUCUUAAAGCAUAUGCACUUUGUGGAUUCAAUUUCUUUAAGAAUGCUGUUAAUGAUCCGAGGUUCUAGUAUGUGGUGAUUCCUUGAUAAACAAGCAAGUAAAUACUGUAUGUAUAUUGAUGUCUGUUUCGAUGGUUGGCCAUUCUUGAUUUACUUGAGGUAACCUGGGUUGUGAUUUAUUUAAUAUACACUAUGUGGACACAAGUAUCCAGACACUCUACUUAUUCAAUAAUCCAAUCAGGAGUUGGACUAGAUCCCUUAGUCCUACCUGUUUCUUUUAACAAGACAUUAUGGACAUUUGUGGGAGCAGUUUGAGGAAGGCCCUUAAACAUGCCUGUGCCCCAGCGCACACAGCGAGGUCCACACAUGCAUGUAUCCAGGCAUGGUUGCAUGAGUUUAGUGGGGAAGAAUGUGGGAGCCCUAAACUCAAGCCCAUCAAACACUCCUGGGACAGAAGAGAGAUGAUGAGCCAGCAGGUCCUGACUAACCACUCAGUGACCUCUGACCUCACAAACGUUCUUCCAGAUGAAUAGACCAGCCGUGUUUUCUUAGUUAUCACUUGCUGUAGGUGGAGUGGUCACACGGCCAAAUACUUUUGUCUUUAUGGCGUGCUCGUGCUCUUUCUUCGACACACACUGUAUAUAAAACGCAAUGACACAAUUAUACCAAAAUAUAUAUUUUACAACAUUGUAUAUAUGGACUAUAUGAAAAUAGUUCCCAAAAACAUAAUUUAUAAGUCUCAUCAAGUCAGGAUCACUGAUUUUCCUUGCACUGCAGAUAUUUGAAUGUUUUUUGUUGUAUUCUGAUCAGCUGCUUUACCUUCUUUAAACAUACUGUGCCUUUUUCCAAUGUACAAAAUCAGCAAUGCAUGAAAGCAAGCAGCGAGUGUCUGCUGUAUAUUUGGAAUUGCAGUCUUACGUGGUGAGGAUUUGGCUGAUGGUGCACAUUGGUGCUCAAGAACAUGACAAAAUAACACCGAGUCCCGUAACUCCUGAUAAUAACCAGUGUGAUGUUUGCUUCCAGUAAGUCUGUGAUAAUCAAAGCCAAAAGUGAAAUGCUCACUGUUAUUACUUGUCUUAACUGAAAAUCCUUUUUCACAGAAAUUCCAGCAAUACUUUUGAAUGUACACACGUCUUCCAAAGCCUUUUGUGUCUUGAUUUGCUGAAUGACUCGUUGUUGGCUACCUCUGAAAUAAUGCUGCAGUCUACUUUGAACAGAGGCAAUGCGGACAAUAUCAAUGUGGUUUUAUUUUUAAAUAAAGACACUAAUAUUACA